UGCCUGCCCUUCCAGUGUUCAGCAUAGGGGCCUAAUGAGUGUGCGAACCCACACGGUAGAGCAAAGCGCGCUGUGUGAGGACAACAGUAACAGCAGCGGCAUCUCCAUACCAUGCGCGCUGUCCCACACCUCCCCAGGCUGGGCCCUUCUAUGCACUCGUGGUUCCAUCCGCGUCCCUGAUAAAUGCUGGGGUGCCGAUCUGCGUUUCCCAGAUGAGGAAAAGGAAGCCGGAAAAAAUGGAUCGCCAAAUACGGAAGAAGUUCUGCCGCGGGCCGAGACCUGGCUGCCAGGAGUCCCUGGGGGUGCCCCAACCUGGGCCGCCAACCUUGAGACAGAGAUUCCCUCAGAUCUAGAGCUGAGUGAGGAGCAGCGGCUGCAGGUCUGCAAGGAGCUGGUGGACCUGCAGAUCAAAACCCAUCGCCUGAAGGAGCAACACGAGGCUGAAAUCUUCGAGCUGAAGAGUGAGGUCCUGUGGCUGGAGAGCCGGGUGCUGGAGCUAGAGCUGCACGGAGAGCAGGCAGCCCUAGCAGAAGCUGAUCCGGGGCACCGCCAGGCACUGGCACAGGAGCUUGGGCACAAGGCCUGGGGGCAGGGACACUCCAGCCACCACAGACUCCAGGUCACCAUGAGCGCAUGGGUGGAAGCUAAACUGGGGUCCAGCAGGGGAACAGUGAGGCUGAGACCGGCUCUUCUGUGCAGGCACAGCCCAAGGACUUCCUGACCGCUGAGAACGAGCAGAAGCUGGGGGAUGGUGGCAGCCCUGGGCUGGCAGCUGCAGGGAGCCCAGGAGGAGGCCAGGACAGCUGGGCAGCAACUGGCUGCACAAGCCUUGGUAUUGUCUGCCUGCCGGGGCCAGCUCCACCAGGCUGAAGCAGAGAACGCCCGGUUGCAGCUGCAACUCAAGAAGCUGAACGAGGAGUACGCCAUUCGACUGCAGCACUGCGCCCGAACCGUGGCUGGGUAUGCAGAUGGUGCAGGCCCGAAGCCUGCAUCCACAGCCCUUCGGACCUUCCUGGAAACCACUCUGGAGGACAUUCGGGGGGCGCAUCACAGCCGUGAGCAACAGCUGGCCUGGGCUGCUCGCACCUACCGCAAGCGCCUGGCAGAUCUGAGUCGGAGGCACGAGGAGCUGCUGGCUGGCCACAGUGUGCAACAGGUGCCGGUGGAUCCCAACGGGGCACCCAGGACCCCCAAAGCUACCUCUGGUGCAGCCACCUCAGACAUGGAGCCGCCGCCCCUGCACACGGUCACCAAAUUCGGCCACCUGAGAGAGGACCAGGCUAGGCUGGAGAAGCAGCUCCAGAAGCUCCAGGCCCAGAAAGAACCCAGUGAAGCCUCUCAGGGGGGCCCAUUAGAGCCACAGGGCCUGGAAGCUGCAUCCUGGGCCCAGAUCCGCCAGAAGCUACAGGACUUCUCCCGUGGCACCCAGGUAGUGGGCAAAGCCUGGCCAGAGGCCCCUCCUCACACUGUGCCCAGGCUCAUGGCUUAUGUUCCCCCAUUCCAGGCAGAGCUGGAAAGGGAGAGAGCACAGCUGCUAGUCCGAGCCACGAUGGCUGAGGAGCAGCUUUCUGAACUACAAGAGUACGUGGACCAGCACCUGGGCAGGUACAAGCAGGAGAUCCUGAGGCUGAGGAAGCUGGUGGGUACAGGAAACCCCUGGAAAGCAGGGGCCACACCUCCAGCCAAGCCGCAGCACUCAAGGACCCGCAGCCGUUAG